AUGCACAACGUCAAAAAGGUCUCGGCGCUGAUGUGCCUUCUGCUCGCGGUUGGCCCUACUGCCGUUCUCUCGGCUCCCAUCGCUGAUGUUGAAAGCAUCGCCAAAAGGCAGGCCACUCACAGCAACACUGAUGCUGCCUCCGUCAUGGGAGCCGGCAUCCCCGACGGACCCAGCUUCAACCAAGGCGAUUUCUUCUCCACGAGCAGCGAUGAAAACCGCGAUGAGGACUGCGAUGAGGAUGGGGAUAACGAUGACUCGCCCUCUAGCCCGGGCUCGACCUCCAGCAGCAACACCGGCGCCGCAUCCUUCAUGAACGCUGGCAUCCCCGACGGACCCAGCUUCAACCAAGGCGAUUUCUUCUCCUCAAGCAAUGAUGAGCACCGCGAUGUGGGCGACGGUGACAAUGGCUCGCAGUCGGGCUUCAGCACCAGCACCGACGCAGGUGACUUCGCCACGUUUGGUAUCCCCGAUGGCCCCAGCGCUACCUUUGGAAAAUUCUUUCACCAUGAUUAUGAGGAGACUCACUCCGAGCCGCCCGAGACUACGCACGUUCCUAAGCCUACUCCGCCUACGCCUCCUGUAGAGACGCCUAUCUCGACCCCUCCGGCUCAUACUCCUACUUCUGCUCCUCCUAUCCCUGCUCCUCCUGCCCAGGCACCUCCUGCCCCGGCUCCCCCUGUUCCCGCUCCUCCUCCGGCACCUCCUGCGCAGACUUCUGAAGUCCCUGCCCCAGCUCCUCCUCCGGCGCCUCCUGCCCCUGCCCCUGAAGCUCCUGUCGCUGCCCCUCCUGCACCAGCACCAGCACCAGCUCACCCCGCUGAUCAUUCCUGUACCUGCAGUUGA